UCAACCAUUGAAAACCCAUUCACUGCAUUUCCCUUGUCUGUCUUCUCGAAACACUCCCUCCUAAUUUCCCCCUUUUGAUCUCCUGCAAUGAAUCUCGGCCCUUCGUUCAUUAUCGAAAACCCCGCAUUUCAACAGUCUCUUUCAUUUCGUAAUUCCCCUUCUUUCUCUCACACAAUCAUCUUUUUCGGCGGCAAUAGAACUUCUGGAAAAAUUAUUUCAGUGAAAUUUGAUUUUGCCUACAGUUGGGAGUUGUUGUUCAGUAUCUUUUGGAUCUAGAAAACGAAGUUUAUCACAGGCGCCAACUUUCCUCAGAACCCAGCAAAUGUCAGUCGGGCUAAUCUCCCACCAAACCCAACCCUUAAUCCCCUACCCAAACCAGAUAUCCAACCAUGCUUUCCAACCCACCCUUCCAAACCUCGUUCUCUUCCACAGACCAAUCCACCACCACCCAUUAACAGCCAAGUCCCAACAGACCCACCACUCCUCCCCCGCAACCAGGACCCAAGACGAUGGCAUUCCUAUCGAGGACGUCAAAAUCCUCGCCAGGUUCAAGUCCAGACACAACUACAUCCGCGUCCUCGAAGUCUCCAGAAAAGCCGACCACCCUUUCGCUGGCUCGAGGCUGCUCCUCCUAGACAGCCCUGGAAACAUCCACAGCAUCUCUUUCCAGUUCAAGAAAUCUCUCACAAGCACCUACUUCGAUGUGUUCGCCACCUUGCCACCGAUCUUGCCGCCUGGACCCGUGGGAAUUCUCGGGUUCGGAGCGGGUUCAGCCGCGCGCUUGUGCCUGGAGUUGUACCCAGAAUUGGUUGUUCAUGGAUGGGAGCUUGACUCGUCUGUGAUUGCGGUGGGGAGAGAGUUUUUUGGGCUUGCGAGGCUUGAGCAGCAAUACCCAGAUAGGCUUUUCGUUUACGUUGGUAAUGCGUUGAAAGCUAGCAUUCGAGAUGGGUUUUCGGGAAUCUUUGUGGAUUUGUUUAGCAAAGGUAGUUUGAUUCCGGAGCUUCAGGAUCCGAACACUUGGGAGAAGCUUACCAAGUGUUUGAGGAAAGGUGGCAGAGUGAUGGUUAAUGUUGGGGGUAGUUGUGUGGAGGCCGAGGACUCAUGGAGAGACGGGAAGGUAGUCAUGGAGGAGUCUAUGAAAGCGAUGCAACGGGUUUUUGGCGACAAGCUUUUCGUUUUGAACCUCGGGAAUAGGAAGGACGAUAGCUCCAUUGCUCUUACCGGUGAUUUGCCGGAUCUUGACUCGUGGAAGAAAGCACUUCCUCGUUCUUUGAGGUGCUAUGUUGAUAUGUGGACGCCCUUUGAUGGUUAAUAUGGUAUGGAUUGAAUCGGCGUCCUCUACUGCUACAAUUUCAAAGGAAUUUUUAAUUUUUUUUAAAAUCAAGUAUUUUUUUAUAGCGAAAUAACGUGAAAAAUAUUGCAUAUUAAAGAUAUGACAUGCUAAUAAUAAAAUUAAAGAAAAAUAUAUAUAUCAUUUCAAAAUGUUUCUUCUUCACUUUUGAAAAAACUCUUCUUUUUUACUAAAUCAAAAUACAGUUUUUUUGUUCAAAACUUUUACAUGACAUAAGUGUAAGAAAAAACUUUUGAGAAUGAUUUUUUUUUUUUUCAUUGUUAUUUGUUAACAUGUCAUAUCUUUAAUAUGUAGUAUUUUUCACGUCAUUUCGAUAUAAAAAACGGCUUGAUUUUAAAAAAAAUUUAAGAAUCUCAAAUUCUUUGAAAUUGUAUGGGAUCCUGAUUCGGAUGGUGUUGCUGCAUGUGUUUUUGUUUUAGGUGUUUUGCCAUUUGUAUAUGUUGUCAAACUUUCACAUUCACAUUCACGAAUUGGAAGACCGAUAGCACCAUUGUUAAACUGUAAUUUUAUCAAAAAAAUGUUUAAUUGCAUUUUGAAAA